GGGAAAAAAGAAACUUUUGAUUUCUCCUUGAAAUUCCUCGAGAGAAUACACAAUUACAGAUUUUCUGGUGAAAUUUGGGAAGACCCAAUUCAUCUGUGAACAUACAGAUCGUUAAUUUAGUAGAAGAAAAUAGUAAAGAUUUGAUUUUUUGCGAUGAGUUCACGAGGGCUGCUGCCAUUGAUGAAUCUUGUUAGACUUAAUGGAGUCCCAAUUCUGCAGCAGUUGCAAUUGGAGGAGCGGCUACUAAGGACCUCAUCUCAUAACUGGUGUAUCGUGAAUGAUGGAACUAAUGAACCCACCAUUGUCAUGGGGAUUUCAGGAAAACCAGCUGAACUUCUUGAAAUCGGUCCUGUUUUACAAGACAAGGUUCCAGUAGUUAAGAGGUUUUCUGGAGGGGGCACUGUAAUUGUCGAUCACCGGACAGUUUUCAUCACUUUCAUAUGCAACACAGACGCUCUCCCUAGUGUACAGCCAUAUCCUAGGCCCAUCAUGUCAUGGAGUGGCCAGCUGUAUAGCAAAGUGUUUCAAGGAGUUGGGGAUUUCUCUCUUCGUGAAAAUGACUAUGUUUUUGGCAACCGCAAGUUUGGGGGAAAUGCUCAAUCUAUCACAAAAGGGCGUUGGGUUCAUCAUACAUCCUUUUUGUGGGAUUAUGAGAUGAUGAACAUGGGUUAUCUCAAACUUCCAAAACGAGCUCCUGACUAUCGACAGGCAAGAGACCAUUCAGACUUUAUUUGCCGCAUGAAGGAUUAUAUAUCUCGACAAGAAUUCAUCAAUAGAACCAUUUCUGCACUUGGCAGCCAGUUUAGUGUAACUCCUCUGGAGCUUGAAUCAUCUGACUGUCCUGAUGACACGAAAUUUGUGCCCUCCACUAGACUACUAGGAAAACAAGAACUGGAGGAAUGUUUUGAGUCUGAAUCUGGGAAUGUCAUACUUCAGUCACUGUAACUGCUACAGGACCUUUGCUUGAUGAUGCUACUGUAUGUCAAUGUACCUUAGUUGAUUAUUCGCUCGAGGAAUACUUUCCAACUCAUUUGUGUUGCUACUUUGCUCAGACAAA